AUGACCGACGCUCCCUCAAAUCGCAAACGAAGCAGUGUCCGACGUGCUAACGUGACGGCCUGUCAGCGAUGCAAGUCCCGAAAACAGCGCUGUGACCAGUGCAUCCCAGCAUGUUCAUCGUGCGCCCGUGCCGGAGUGCCGUGUGUAAGCGUUGAUGUUGAUGGACAUUAUAUCAAGAACCUCGAGGACCGAGUGGCUGAGCUUGAGCUUGCUCUUCAAAAUCAAAGGAUAGAUACUGAGUCCGUUGCCAGCCGAGUUUCCCAGAAUGUUCCUGAAUCAACAUCAGAAGCGCACAGCUCUAGUGAUUUGAAUUUACUGCGCCUGCUAGUGCCCAGGCAAAAUGACGUACAACACCCCGAAAACUCAGCUUACCAUACUCUCCUCGAUACCAUCACUGUACCAGAUACCAUCAAAUUCCCUCCCAAGCAUACCGCUAUUCAACUCACUGCCACAUACUUUGAACACUCUAAUUUCUUCUCUCCUGUCUUGAACCAGAAAUCAUUUCACGAUACCAUUGCCCUCUUGUAUCAAGAUCAGACGUCCCCCGGCAAGGGCACCUCAGUACAGAGAUUCCAGCUUUGUAUGGUCCUAGCCAUCGCCAUCAGACUUCUCAACAGGACAGAUUCUUCCGUUCCCACGACUGCAUCCGACUCGUUCUUCGCCUCGGCUAUUGGAAUACUCACAGAACGGCCACAAGCUACUUGGAGAGGCGACCUUGAGCAUCUCCAAAACCUUCUCCUCAUUGUACAGUAUACCAUUUUCGCCUCGAAUCUCUCUGCGGCUUGGCACUUCAUUGGUCUAGCAACACGAUUGGCUAUUGACCUUGACCUUCUCAAUGAAACUCGUCUGUCCGUGGUGGACAACGCGCAUGAGAAUGAAGCAGAGGUAAAUAAGAGACGCCGAGUUUUCUGGUCCACAUACAUUCUCGAAACAAACCUCUGCGUCAUACUCAAUCGUCCACGAUCAAUACCAGACGAAGCUAUCUUUACCCCCCUCCCAUCCACAGGCGGACCCGAGUCGUCAAGUCCACUGGCAAACCACUGCAUUCUGUUCCGCCAACUCGAGUACGAAAUCUUCCACACGCUCAACUACAAAACACCCGCGAAUGGCAGCUUCUUUGAUCACAAAGCUUGGAAGUUGGGCAUGAAGGAUCGUCUUGUGGAAUGGCAUGCGAACGUACCUCCCUUGGAUCCAACAUCGAAGCUCGCGCCCCAGAACUUCUUUGACGGCGCUUUAUACAUGACUCUUGUCUCUCUAUUAUCACCAUCUCGCCACUUUCCUCACCUUUCGGAAGAUGAGCUCAAAGAUCUCGCACAGUAUGCUGCUACGAGCAUCGAGCUUUACAGAGAAGGCUUCAAAGAGGGAAAGUUGAGGUUCUAUUGGCGAACGACGCCAAAUCUGUUUCAAUCCGGUGCAGCUUUGAUACACUGCAUCAAGAAUCUUACGCUGCUAGGUGCGGUAUUUGAUGUGAAUGCAUUCAAGAGUCGGGUAUCUGUGUGUUCAACAGUUCUGUGGGGAAUGGCAGAACGGUAUCCUCCUGGAGCUUCAUACCGUGACCGCUUCGAUGAGAUGUUGGCUACCAUUGAUGAGAUGGCCUCGGAGCUACCGAUGGAUAUUUCAAGUGACUUCCUUUUUGGACAUAACGUAUUGCCUUCGUUGGACUUGGAUGGGGCAGCGACGCUAUGGAUGUCAACGCCGACCACUCUGGAUCCGUGGAUAUUGGAUCAAACAUAA